AUGGAGAACCUUCUCGAAGGUCUCUCCAGAUUGGAGUACAGAGGCUACGACUCCACUGGUUUGGCUGUGGAUGCUGAUGACAAGACCAGCAGCAUCAUUGUCAAGACUCCAGGUAAGGUGAAGAUCUUGAGAGAAGAGAUUGAAAACAAGAAGGUCGGCAAGGACACGGUUUUCGAUAACCACGUGGGAAUUGCUCAUACUAGAUGGGCUACUCACGGUCAGCCAGAGUACCUGAACUGUCACCCACACCGUUCUGACCCAAGUGGCGAGUUUGUGGUUGUUCAUAACGGUAUCAUUACCAACUACCGUGAGUUGAAGACCUUGUUGGUUAGUAAGGGCUACGAGUUUGAGUCUGAGACCGAUACUGAGUGUAUUGCCAAGUUGUUCAAGCACAUUUACGACUCCAACGCCAAGGCUGGUCAGUACAUUGACUUUAACGAGUUGACCAAGCAGGUUUUGUACGAGUUGGAAGGUUCUUACGGUUUGUUGGUCAAGUCUGUCCACUUCCCUGGUGAGGUUUGUGGUACCAGAAACGGUUCUCCAUUGUUGGUUGGUGUCAAGACCGAGAGAAAGUUGAAGGUUGACUUUGUCGACAUUGAGUUCCCUGAGAACCAGGAGAAGUUUGUUGGUCCUAACGUUAACGGUGAGUCCAACUUGAGAACUUCCCAGUCCAGAGCUUUCUUCAACGAGGAUGGUGUUCCAUCUCCAGUUGAAUUCUUCUUGUCUUCUGACCCAGCCUCCGUCAUUGAACACACCAAGAAGGUUUUGUUCUUGGAAGAUGACGACAUUGCCCACAUUUACGAUGGUGAGUUGCACAUCCACCGUGCUAAGAAGUCCAUCGCUGGCGAGUCCACCUUCCGUCCUAUCCAGACCUUGGAGAUGGAAUUGAACGAAAUCAUGAAGGGCCCAUACAAGCACUUUAUGCAAAAGGAGAUCUUUGAGCAGCCAGACUCUGCCUUUAACACCAUGAGAGGUAGACUUGACUUCUCCAACAAUUCUGUCAACUUGGGUGGUCUUAAGUCUUGGUUGCCUACUAUCAGAAGAUGCAGAAGAAUCAUCAUGAUUGCCUGUGGUACUUCUUACCACUCCUGUUUGGCUACCAGAUCUAUCUUUGAAGAAUUGACCGAUAUCCCAGUUUCUGUUGAAUUGGCUUCCGACUUCUUGGACAGAAGAUCCCCAGUUUUCAGAGACGACACAUGCUUGUUUGUUUCCCAGUCUGGUGAGACCGCCGACUCUAUGUUGGCCUUGCAAUACUGUUUGGAGAGAGGUGCUUUGACUGUCGGUGUCGUCAACUCUGUCGGUUCUUCCAUGUCCAGACAAACCCAUUGCGGUGUCCACAUCAACGCUGGUCCUGAAAUCGGUGUUGCUUCCACCAAAGCCUACACUUCUCAGUACAUUGCCAUGGUUAUGAUUGCCCUUUCCCUCUCUAGCGACUUUGUCUCCAAGAGAGAACGUCACAUUGAGAUUAUCCAGGGCUUGAAGAACAUCCCUGAACAAAUCAAGACUGUCUUGCAGCUAGAAGAGAAGAUCAAGAGCUUGUGUAACGAAUACUUGAACGAGCAGAAAUCCUUGUUGUUGUUGGGCAGAGGCUUCCAAUUCGCUACUGCCUUGGAAGGUGCCUUGAAGAUUAAGGAAAUCUCGUACAUGCAUUCUGAGGGUGUUCUUGCCGGUGAGUUGAAGCACGGUGUUUUGGCAUUGGUUGAUGGUGACUUGCCUAUCAUUGCCUUGGCCACCAGGGACUCUCUUUUCCCUAAGGUCACGUCUGCCAUUGAGCAGGUUACUGCCAGAUCCGGCAGACCUAUCGUUAUUUGUAACGAAGGCGACGACUUGUUCAAAGAGAAGGCAUACGCCACAUUGCAUGUUCCAUUGACCGUUGACUGUUUGCAAGGAUUGUUGAAUGUUAUCCCAUUGCAGUUGAUGAGUUACUGGUUGGCCGUGAACAGAGGCAUCGAUGUUGACUUCCCAAGAAACUUGGCCAAGUCUGUCACCGUGGAGUAA